GACUCGUCAACUGGAUGUAUCUACAUCUUCGAGUUGAUGAUCACUCUAAGACUCGAAUCCAAUAUCCUUCGUUUCAAAAUCCAUCACGUUAUCCACUUAGCUACUGAAUCCUGAUAGCCAUUUACUUGUUUCUUUGGAAUGAAAGACUAAUGUUCAAUUUAAUCCAAUCAAUAUGGUUUAUUUCUAUGAUAUUUCUCAAUUCUAUAACAAAUCAAUUAAUCAAUAAAAUUCAUGUUACUAUGAUACAUGAAAAAUUGAUUUUUUCAAAUCAAUCAAUGAAUUAUUCUAAUCGUUAUUAUUAUUUAGAAUUAAUUAAAAUGAAUCAAUUUACUCCAAUUAUAUUUGAUAAUGCCAUGGCAACAACAAUUCAUGAACAAGAAACUUUGAUUAUAAAGCCUCAAUUUCAAAUCUUCUAUUAUGGAUUACCUUUUACAUCUGUCGAAAUAUUGAAUAAUGGUAUCAUACACCUGUCGACUGAAUCUAAUUUAUCAGAAAAAGAUAGAAUAAUUAGAUCUUAUAAAGAAUCUAUAGUUGAUGAUGGAUGUAAUUGGAUGAAUAUGCAUCAGAUGGAAAUGAUUAAAGCUUUCAAUGGAAUACCAGUUGGGAGUACAAUAAAAACAAUAAACAAUGAUGAAUAUCUGGCAAUCCAAUGGUCUUAUUCAGGUGAACAUUCUAACAAUGAGAAAAAUAUCGAGGAUCAUGUCCAAGUGGUUUGUGUUUUAUAUCCCAACGGCAACAUAUCAAUCUAUUAUAAAAAGAUUCCUAAUGCACUUGAAAACAAGGUGGACGGUUUAAUGCUUCGAGCUGGCAAGUUUACAGAAAUAAACAACGAAGUAUAUUAUGAAACUAAUGGGGAAUAUUUCACUGUUAUAAAGAUUCCAUCAACUGUUGUAAAAUCUGGCACGUUGAUUGAAUACAGUCCACUUACAUUCUGUGAUGGAAUAGAUUAUGUUGAAAACAUUCCUGGAAACAUGAUUCAUUACAAGAACACCUCAGUUAACAUCAUGAGUGAUGUUGUUUGUCAAGAUAUUCAAAAUACGAAGUGCCCAAUUAUUGGCUGUAAUGUAAAAAGUAUAGAAGUCUCCAACAAUGAAAGUACAUAUUCUACAGAGGUAAUAACAGAACAAACUAUAAACAAUCCAUUAUUACCAAAUACAUUUUCAUUAAUCAGUUAUGAACAACAAUUAUUACAAUCUGGUCGAAAUGUUGAUGUUGAUUUGGUGAUGCGUCGUUUCACUAUCUCACUUUUAUUACCAUUUCUAUUGAUAGCUACAGUUUUAUGCAUUGCUUUUCCACUAUUCUUAUAUAGAACACGAGCACAUAGGAUGAUCAGUUAAAAUUACAAAUGUCUAGGAGACCAAUCAUUCCUGGGAAAGUACUUUUUUUUAAAUUUUCAAUUCAACAGACAUGGAUUGAGUACAGCUUUACUUUAAGUGUAAUCUUUUAUUAUCUAUAUAUACAUAUACAAUGGUGUAAUGUAAAAUCUCAUUGUGAAACGUUUAACAUUUGGUCUAAUCUAUUGUAGAGUUCAAUGAAUGUAUAUAACUUGAAUUUAAUAUUUUUC